UCACCAGAACCUAACCUAUAUUUUUAACCUAUAUAAUUUGUUGUGGGUUGACAUAACCUUAUUGUUGCAGUUGUUUUCCGAAAACACAUGUGAAAUGUUUAAAACGGUAACUUGGGAUAAAGACGCGGCCGGUGAUGCUACUUGCAGCGCUGUAUUUAAGGUUAAAAAUGCACAUGAUGGGGGUCAAAAACAACUUAAUGGAAAGGUAAAGAAAAAAGGCCAAAAAAAGAAUAAUGCAAAUUCAGUUAAACACAUUGAUAACAAUAUAGGGAAAUCUGGAAAAAGACCUAAGAAAAAGAAAGUAAAAACUAAUGGGGUUGAGACUGAAAAAAAUGAAAAUAAUAUUGACACAAUCCCUAAAAAGAAAAAAAUACAAAUUAUUCAAAAUAUUUUAAUAAAACCUAAUGGUAAUGUUGAAAUUAAUAACAAACCUGAAAAAGAUAAUUCAGAUAACAGUUUAAAGGGAAAUUGUUCUGAAAAUAAUAAGUCUAACGACAAUAACCAAAAUAUUGUUAAAAAGAAACAAAAGAAGGUAGUGGAAAAGAUACAGAAAAUAAAUAACAUUAAGGAGAAACUAAACAAAAAACAAAUUAAGCUACCCAAAAAACUUGUAGAAAAAGUAAAUGGCGAGACAAGUAAUAAUGCUUCAGAAACUGUAUCCAAAAGCAUGAAAAGGAGAAUAAAAAGGAAAAAUAAAUUAAAUAAUAGUUUGUCUAGCAUAAAUAAUUCAGUUGUAGAAAACAAUACUCCUAAUAUCAAAAACAAAAAAAAGAAAAGUAACGUAAGUCCAAAAAAAGCUGAUCCUGGCAAAACCGGUUCUCAACCAGUUGUCAAAACUGGGAAGACACUUGCAAAGUUGUCAAAAAGAUCAGAGAAGAGGAGAAUUAAAAUGCUCAAACUGAGAGAAAGUUUACAAAACAACAUGCACCAUCAGGAUAAAACGGGGUUGUCGCUAAGAGAAAGGAUGAUGGCGAAGCUAAAGGCUGCACGUUUUCGCUACUUGAACGAGCAGAUCUACACUACGGACAGCAAAGAAGCUCAAAACCUGUUCAAAACCGAUCCGGACGCUUUUCAAGCCUACCACGAAGGGUACAAGCAGCAGGUCCAAAAGUGGCCAAUAAAUCCGGUGGAUGUGAUCAUCAGUGCUAUUAAAAAGAUGCCAUCCAGUCACGUGAUUGCCGAUUUUGGUUGUGGGGAAGCGAAGUUGGCAAGAUCCGUCUCACAGACCGUUCAUUCGUUCGACUUGGUGGCAGUUAAUGAGGAAGUUGUUGCAUGCGACAUGGCUAAUGUACCUUUGGAAGAUCAAUCUGUCGAUGUGGCCGUGUUUUGUUUGUCCCUGAUGGGCACGAAUUUACAUGAUUAUUUGUUUGAAGCCAACAGAGUAUUAAAACAAGGGGGUGUUAUGAAAAUUGCCGAGGUGGAGAGUAGGUUUGACGACGUGGACAAUUUCAUACAAGGAGUGGAAAGAUUUGGAUUCAAGAAGAGCUGGAAGGAUUUAUCUCAUAAUUUGUUCUAUUUUAUUGACUUCAAAAAGGAGACGACUAUUAAGAAUAAGAAAAAGUUGCCAACUAUUAGUUUGCAUCCUUGUUUGUAUAAAAAGAGAUAAAUGUUUAAAUUUAAUGUUUAUUUUGUAUUGAUAAAAAAAUAUAAAAAAUUAACAAAUUA